UAGACACAUUGAGUUUUAUUUACGUUCCUUAAUUCACAUUAUUAGAUUAUCAAAAGAAGAGAGCUUUACCGAGAGAGAGUUUUUAUAUUAGCAGUAGUAACAAUGGCUGUUGGUUCGAUGAAUAUCGAAGAAGGCACUGUUUACCCUGCAAAGACAACUUUUCAAGUCUGUCUCUGCUGUAUGAUUGCUGCUGUUGGUGGUCUCAUGUUUGGUUACGACAUCGGAAUCUCAGGAGGUGUGACGAGUAUGGACACAUUCUUGAUAGAUUUUUUCCCACACGUGUACGAGAAGAAACACAGAGUACACGAGAACAACUACUGCAAAUUCGAUGACCAGCUUUUGCAGUUGUUCACUUCUUCUCUCUACUUGGCUGGGAUCUUUGCUAGUCUUGUUGCUUCCUAUUUCUCCAGGGCUUUCGGAAGAAAACCAACCAUCAUCCUCGCCUCCAUCUUCUUCCUUGCCGGUGCUCUCCUCAACUUGUCUGCACAAAACCUUGGCAUGUUGAUCGGUGGCCGUAUUCUUCUCGGUUGUGGUAUUGGUUUCGGUAAUCAGACGGUUCCAUUGUUCAUCUCAGAGAUUGCUCCGCCGAGAUUCAGAGGAGGACUAAGCGUCAUGUUCCAGUUUCUCAUCACCGUCGGAAUCUUAGCAGCAAGUUGUGUGAACUACCUCACUUCCACGUUGAAGAACGGCUGGAGAUACUCUCUCGGUGGUGCUGCUGUCCCUGCUUUAAUCCUCUUGGUAGGAUCCUUCUUUAUCCACGAGACUCCAGCUAGCCUCAUCGAGCGUGGUAAAGAUGAAAAAGGCAAGGAAGUCCUGAGGAAGAUCAGAGGCGUUGAAGACGUUGAUCUCGAGUUUCAUGAGAUCAAACGCGCCACAGAGGUUGCAGCAAAAGUAAAAAGCCCUUUUAAGGAACUCUUCUCCAAGCGCGAGAACAGACCCCCAUUGGUGUGCGGAACGCUGCUUCAGUUCUUUCAACAGUUCACCGGAAUCAAUGUGGUUAUGUUCUACGCUCCAGUCUUGUUCCAGGGUAGUGGUAACAACGCUUCUCUCAUCUCUACCGUUGUCACCAACGGUGUGAACGCAUGCGCUACCAUUUUAUCGAUUGCCUUGGUUGAUAAUGCUGGUAGGAGAUGUCUUUUAAUGGAAGGAGCCCUCCAGAUGACCAUUACACAGAUGACAAUUGGAGGCAUUCUCUUAGCUCACUUGAAGCUCGUUGGUUCUAUUACGGGUCAUGCCGUGCCACUGAUUGUAUUGAUCCUCAUCUGCGUAUAUGUGUCUGGUUUUGCGUGGUCUUGGGGACCAUUGGGAUGGCUGGUUCCCUCUGAGAUCUAUCCUCUUGAGGUGAGAAAUGCAGGUUACUUCUGUGCAGUGGCGAUGAACAUGGUCUGCACUUUCAUCAUCGGUCAGUUCUUCUUGUCAGCUCUCUGCAGACUCAGAUCUUUCUUGUUCUUCUUCUUCGGAGCAAUGAACAUUAUUAUGGGACUAUUUGUGGUCUUCUUUCUCCCCGAGACCAGGGGUGUUCCUAUUGAGGAAAUGGCCGAGAGGCGUUGGAAGACGCACCCGCGUUGGAAGAAAUAUUUCAAAGACUAAAUUUGUUCCUUUUUUUUUUUGCCGUAGUUAUUAAUAAUUCGAACAUUUUCCAGAGUUUUUUAGCUAGAGUUUGCCCUUCUAGUUUUUUUUUCUUUUCUUUCCAUACUUUCUCUGCUAAUUUUAAUAAUUUGUAGUUCACAUUGUUUAGAUUAUUAAGUCGAAA